UUUCUUCUUGUGAUUGAAGAAUCACGAAUAUAUAAACUUUUAUUCGCACGAAAUACUGAAUUCAUACACACUCGCUCAUACUCACUUACAGUUUUAACUCACCCUCCAACAAAGAUCAACAACAAUUCUGACAGCAAAGCCAGGAGAUUUUGCUAUUUUCAAUCUCAACACCUAUUUUCUAAUCUAAAAAGCCACGUCACUAUCAAUAACAACCAUGUCUGACAACGGCUACAAUCCGCACUCCCCAGUCUCCGACAACGACGAUAAUCCAGAUUCCCCAACCAACGGCAGACGCCCUCUACCAAGUUGGGCGAUCGAGGGCCGCACCCAAUACUAUCCAUACACUGACGUUCCCUUCCGCUACAAUUUGAGGAGGGCUAAAUUUCGGGCGAACGAGUUUCUCGAGACUGCCCCAAAGGCAACAGCAGAGCAAAAAGGGCGCGAUGAUUGCUUCUGCGGUGAGGCAUACGAUUUGGCGAAUCACGUUGCGAUCGUGCUGCCUUGCAACCAUGUUUUCGGCCGGGACUGCAUACGCGAGUGGCUCGCCACCAACCAUGCAUCCUGCCCCAUGUGUCGUGCAGAGUUGUACGAAGACCUGAAGCUCCUUACCGACAGCGAUGAAUCGAUACUCGAAGAUGAAGAGGGUGCUCCUCCGGAUUGUGUGAGGUUCGGAAACUUCUACAAUUCGGAGGCUGGGGAGCAAAUUUCCAACGAGUACUCGGAUAGAGUGUAUUUGAUGGAUAUCCUGUAUGGCAGAACGAAGUGGGACAAGGAUCUGUUGGAUGAAGAGGAGGCAAUUGCGCUGACGAGAACUCGCAAGAACUGCGAAGAUGAGUGCACAAUAGUCUGUACAACCGAUUAUCUUCGUUGCUACAAUCGAGAGUCAGAUAUGGAGUUCAGUUUCAUGUUGCGUCUGAGAUGGAACGAAUCCGAGCACGCUGCACGCGAAGCUCGUAUGGCUGAAUUCCCCUCGUGGCAAAUUCGUGAGGCCAAAAACUCACGAACUCAUAUCAAGUUUUUGCUCCAGCGCAUAUCCACAAUCGAGUACAGGGAGGAUACCAGGUAUCCAAUUGAGACGUUGGAAAAGUCUCUUCAGAAACAUGAAGCGCUCCUUCGUGAACGUGGCGAGGAGCUCGACUAG